AUGAUGAGUAAGUUGGGGUAUUGUUGACUUUGUAUCGGAACGAUCGAACCUUACAUAGCAUUGAAUAAUUGAUACAUCUAAGCUUAUCGCCGUGGACUGAUCUCAUAGAAUCAAAUUUUUUAUUUUAUAAAUGGCUUUAUCGCCCCAACUGCUUAUUUUUAAAAGGAUUAUUUAUUUAUCUCCAUCCAUAUCCCUCCUUGAAUUAACAGUGAUCUCAUUUCUCUAACUAGAUUCCUGAGGUCUGUGGCCUAUCGCCAAUUUACAAGACUACUGUGGAGUUAUAUUGGUAGUUCAAAGCGAUACCCCUUGCCCUGUUGUGCCUACAAUGAAAUCAGGAAACAAUUUCCGAGUCAAAAUGGCCAUUAUCGUGGAUUCGAAGAUGAAGAAAAUGAAUAA